AUGAAGAUGUCAAAUCUUCCAAAGGAUUUGGUGGAGGAGAUUCUCUCUAGGGUUCCGCUUAUAUACCUAGGAGCACUGAGAUCUACUUGCAAAAGUUGGAACGCUUUAUCCAAAACUAGGAGCUUUGUAGACAAGCACAUCAACAAAGCAGCCAUAUCAGGGGAAAAGCAGUUUCUGAUGAUCACGCAAUUCAAUGUUCGUUUGCUCGGCGCCAGUCUCGAUACAAGUGAAAACAACAAUGUUGAUCUAUCUAUACAGCAGAAAGCUAAAAUUACUAGCCGAGGUAAGCCAGCAGCUGAUGUAUUCUAUAAAGCUAAAGUUAUUCACUGCAACGGUGUAUUCUUAGGUGUACAAGGGAACAUGCUUGUGGUUUGGAACCCCUAUUGGGGACAAACAAAAUGGAUCUUAGCAAGACCUCCUCACGACCUGCCGAACAUGCAAGAACAGUAUGCUCUCGGAUACGACAAAUCCAGCUGUAGUCAUAAGAUUUUGAGGCUUUUAGGUAUUACCGUUAAGUGUCUCGAUAUCUACGACUUGAGCGCUAAGUCAUGGAAGAUUCCUGAUGGCACUCUUGAACACGAUGUAGAGUACAUGCGAGAUGGCGUGUCUUUGAAGGGAGAUACUUACUGGUAUGCUUUUGAUAAAGGAUCAAGAGAUGCUUACUUAUUCGCUUUUGAUUUUACAAGAGAGAUUUUUGGACCGCGUCUGCCUCUGCCCUUCAAUAAAGUGCCUAUGCCGUUGAAUGAAGGUUAUGCGACUCUAUCUGCAGUCAAAGAAGAGAAGCUGGCGGUGUUAUUACACCUGGGAGUUACAAUGUAUAUUUGGGUUACGAACAAGAUUGAGCCUGAUGAGGUGUCGUGGAGCAUCUUCUUAAAACUUAAUAUGCAACCAAGUGUUCGUUAUCACUAUGAUCUUUUCUUGAUUGACGAGGAAAAGAAAGUCGCAGUUGUUUUUUGGAAAGACGGGCCAGCGUGGUUUCAAGUUAAACCCACUUACGACGGAGCUUACAUCACUGGAGAGAAUGGUUAUGUCAAAAGUGUAAAUCUCGGUAAAUCUCCAAACACACUAGAGCUUUCCCGUCGUUUGUGCUCUUAUGUUCCAAGUUCUAUGAAAAUCAUGUAA